AUGCGUCUUGACUUCUUUCUAAUAUUAUCUAGCCUUGCUAUAUUGGCUGGCCCCGUUGUGGGCUUGGGGCUGUUUGGAGGAUCUAGGUAUAUGCGAGAGCUGCGGUUGGCUGCUGAGUUGAACUUGGAUCCCAAGUUACUCUCCAACAAAAAUACUGUACAUUCAGCGCUCGCCAAGGCCAAAAGUGAAAGUGAGACGGUCACCACCGAGUACAUCACGAUUCCUAUCGACCAUAAUGAUGCUUCUGUUGGCACCUACCGAAAUCGGUUCUGGGUGAAUGAUGACUACUACGAGGCUGGGCGUCCGAUCAUCAUUUACGACGCCGGGGAAACAAACGCAGAGAGUAUUGCCAAAAACCACUUGACAUCGAGUUUCUCAUUUUUCAAGAAAAUGCUUGAGGAGACUCACGCCAUGGGUAUUAUAUGGGAACAUAGAUAUUACGGAAACUCGACUCCAUUUCCAAUCAGCAGGGAUACACCACCUGAGCAUUUUAAAUACCUUACGACCAAACAAGCCCUUGAUGACAUCCCGUACUUUGCGCAGAAUUUCAGCCGCCCGAAGUUCGCCGACCUUGAUCUCACUCCCAGCUCCACACCCUGGGUCCUCGUUGGAGGUUCAUAUGGUGGGAUUCGGGCUGCUUUUGCCCGCAACGAGUACCCAGACGUUAUCUUUGCUGCUUAUUCUUCUUCUGCUCCGGUCCAAGCACAAUUGAAUAUGAGCGUGUACUACGACCAAGUCUACCGUGGUUUGGUCGGCCAUGGUUUUGAAAAUUGUGCUAAGGAUAUCCAUGCAGCUCUAGGUUAUAUAGAUGAGCAACUAUCAAACAAUCACACCGCUGCUGCUAUCAAAACGCUGUUUUUUGGCCCUGGAGCUGAGCAGAACAGCAAUGAAGGCUUCACCGCAGCUUUGGCGACUAUCUAUAAUUAUUUCCAGAACUAUGCCCUUGACGGUCCAGAAGGAAGUCUGCGCGAACUCUGCAAUCAUCUUGAAGUGGAUCCCACAACGCAGGAGGCGGCAGGCCCCGAUGGCUUCGCUCCAGUCCGUGGAAGUAAGUAUGUGGCUGAACGUUGGGCUGCAUGGCCAGCAUUCACGCCAUUGGUUAAUAAUAUUAUGGAGACCAACUGCAGAGGACUUAGUGAUCCUGCUACGCCGUCUUGUAAGCUGGGUGUGGUGUACAAUGACCCUGAUUCUAUCAGCUGGACUUGGCAGUACUGCACCGAGUGGGGAUUCUAUCAAAGCAACAAUUUUGGCCCUCAUUCACUGCUUUCCCGCUAUCAGACCUUGGAGUAUCAGCAGGAAAUAUGCAAUAACCAGUUCGCACAGGCGGUCGGAAACGGCAUGCUGCCAUCACGCCCACAGACAGAAGCCCUCAACAAAAAGUACGGAGGCUGGCAUAUCCGACCCUCCAAUACGUUCUUCACUGGCGGAGAGUUUGAUCCAUGGAGGACGUUGUCUAUGCUGACCGCUGAAGAUAUUGCGCCUGGGGUUGCGCCCGAUGGAAUGACGUUCUCUACCGAGAUCCCGAACUGUGGCGAGACGAGUGAAGACAAAGUGUUCGGAUACCUUCUCAAACAGUCUGAACAUUGCUAUGAUUUCCAAGGCUUAUCCACGGAAGGAAAGGCGGCACGAGAGCUGUUCAAGGAAGCAUUGACAAAAUGGUUACCAUGUUUCAAGCCUUCAAGCCCCAAUGCUUCCAAGGUGAACGUGACAGAAGCGGAGUUAACAAAGGGGGCGGUGAUGUGGGGAAAACGAGGAAGAUCCCAAGCGUGGAGUGGAUGA